UGGUUGUCAUUAGUUGAAGGAUAAUUGGGUUUCUACCUGCCUAUAAUCUGUAUCUGGGUAGCUAAAGCUAAUGUGGUUGUCAUUAGCUGAAGGAUAACUCGGUUACUAUCAUGAUUGCUUCUGAAGGUCUCAAACACCGAGUGUUUGAGUGUUCCUUGGCAGACCUUCAGGCUGAUGAGGAUCAGUCUUACAGGAAGAUCCAUCUUAAAGCAGAGGAUAUCCAAGGAAGGAAUGUCCUCACAAACUUUUGGGGAAUGGAUUUUACAACCGACAAAUUAAGAUCGCUGGUCCAUAAGUGGCAAACCUUAAUUGAGGCACAUGUAGAUGUGAAGACAACAGACAACUACAUCCUGAGAAUGUUUUGCAUUGGAUUCACCAAGAGGCGCCCUAACCAGGUUAAGCGAACUUAUUAUGCCCAGUCAAGCCAAAUCAGACAGAUUCGCAGAAAAAUAAGGAAAAUCAUGGUUAACCAGGCAACACCCUGUGAUCUCAAGGAGUUAGUGCAGAAGUUCAUCCCUGAGGUAAUUGGAAAGGAGAUUGAGAAGGCAACAUCCAACAUCUAUCCUCUGCAGAAUGUCUUCAUUCGGAAAGUUAAGAUCCUCAAGGCCCUAAAAUUUGAUCUUGGCAAGCUGAUGGAGGCAUGUUUCCUUUUGCCUCUAAAACCUCAUUUCUCUAUUUGUUAUCCUCUCCCCCCUUUUCUAGAGAUGGAAUAAGCCACAGUUGACCUGAUGAGAUAAAAAGCCAGAUCAACUCUUUGGUCCAUGAGAGAAUUUGAAUCCCCUGGACAGUUUUGACAGAGUAUCAUAACAUUUUAGUCUGGAUUCUGGAUUUGAGUGUUAUGUUUAUUAUUGUGGGAACCCUAAUUUAAAAAUUUAGUCAGCUGACUUGAAACUCAACCAACUGUAUCGGAUAUUGGACAAAAACCCUACUCUAAAACUUUGACUGAGUUGCACUUGAAACGU